CACAGUGAGCGCGCAACGGCCCGCGGCCCCCGCGCUCCGUGGAGGGGGGCGGGAGGUCGGAGCCCAGGUGGUGCUGUCGCGAUGGGUGCUGGGACAGAGCCAUCGGAGGCGCCUGGGGAGGCCUCGGAGGGGACUGUCUACCUGGACCACAACGCCACCACCCCGCUGGCCCCCGAGGUGGCCCGUGCCGUGCAGGAUGCUCUGUGCCAGGCCUGGGCAACCCAGCAGCUCCACCCUGCAGGCAGGAAGGCGAAGGAGCUGGGUUUGGCAGUGCCCCGGGAGAGCCUGGCCAGGAUGGUGGGAGGCCGGCCGGAGGACAUCAUCUUCACCUCGGGGGGCACAGAGGGCAACAACAUGGUGAUCCACACUGCCUGCCGGCACUUCCAGGAGAGCCAGGCCGGGCCGGGAGACAGCCGGGGAGUGCCGCACAUCGUGACCUCAAGUGUGGAGCACGACUCCAUCCGCCUGCCCCUGGAGCAGCUGGUGAAGGAGCGACGGGCGGAAGCCACGUUUGUGCCUGUGUCCCCACGAAGCGGGCAGGCUGAGGUGGAUGAUGUCCUCGCUGCCAUCCAACCGACCACCUGCCUGGUUACCAUCAUGCUGGCCAACAAUGAGACAGGGGUCAUCAUGCCUGUGGCCGAGCUGAGCCUGCGGCUCCGUGCCCUCAACCAGCAGCGUGCAGCAGAGGGGCUGCCCCGGGUGCUGCUGCACACGGAUGCGGCGCAGAUGAUCGGCAAGGGGCACGUGGAUGUGCAGGAGCUAGGGGUGGACUACCUCACCAUCGUGGGACACAAGGUACUUUCUUAUGGCCCCCGGAUCGGUGCACUGUACACGCGGGGCCCCGGCACCACCACCCCCCUGCACCCUCUGCUCUUUGGAGGGGGACAGGAGAGGAAUUUCCGUCCAGGCACUGAGAACACCCCGAUGAUUGCUGGACUUGGCCAGGCUGCAGAAUUAGUGAGCAAGAACUGGGAGGCCUAUGAGGCUCACAUGCGGGAUGUCCGGGAUUACCUGGAGGCCAGGCUGGAGGCCUCCUUUGGGAAGCAGAGGAUCCACCUCAACAGCCACUUCACAGGCUCCAAGCGGCUCUGCAACACCUCAAACUUCUCCAUCCUGGGGCCAGGUCUUCAAGGUAGGUGCUGGCUUGCCUGCAAGAGGCUCCUGGCCAGUGUGGGUGCUGCUUGCCACUCUGAGAAAGGGGAUAGGCCCUCCUCAAUUCUGCUGAGCCUGGGGAUCCCCUACGAGGUGGCACGGAAUGCCCUGCGGCUUAGCGUGGGCGAGGACACCACCCACACAGACGUGGACCUGGCUGUGCAGGACCUCGUGCAGGCUGUGGCAACAGCCUGGACCAGGACCAGGCCCUUUGACCCUGGGAACCAGUUCCUGGCCAGCACCGAAAGUUCUCAGGAUGGGAUGCCUGGUGCAGGAAGCAGCAAAAAGCUGAGGAGUGGGCUUUGCUGUUUUUGGAGCUGGGGCAGCUGACCAAGAACCUGCUUGGGCCUCUCUUGUCCCCACUGCAUGGCACAGGUGUUUAUGGAGUCAUGCAGCUGGCUGGGCAUGAGCUGGCAAGUGAGGAACACCCAGCAUGAUGUGCUGCUGAUUGCUCCUCACUUGCCAGCUCGUGCCCAGCCAGCUGCCUGCACAGUUACCAACGCGGUUUUUGGCUGGGAAGGUGUUGGGCAUGGUUUCCCCUGACCUGCUCCCCUUCCUCCUGUCCUUCCCAGCUCCACGUACUCGUCACUGACACCAGAGGACACUGGUGUUACCCGGAACAGGAGCAGUGCUGGUGGGACUGACUGAUGUUGGGGACCUGCAUCUCCCUGGGUAUUCAAAAGAAUAAAAAGCGAUAGCUGCUGCUG